GCCUUGCUGUCAUAGGGGCUCAGUUGUAUUCUGAACUGGGAACACCUUGCUUGAAAAAGUCACUGCCACCAGCCAGCUAUCCCCUAAUCACCAUGUCUCGUCAGUCUUGUGGGAUAAGCGUGUCAGGAGGGAACAAGGGAUUCAGCUCCAGCUCAGCUUGCUUCUCAGGUGGACAAAGAAUGAGCUUCAACAGCGUUUCCACAAACCGUGGAUGUUCUGUCCGUAGUGGAGGGGGAGGUGCUGCUUUUGGCAGCAGAAGCCUAUAUAAUCUUAAUCAAGGGGGCAACAAGAGAAUCUCCUAUGGUGGAGUUGGCAGUGGCUUCGGUGGAGGUUUUGGUGGGGGUUGUGGCCAAGGGGGUGGAAGCUUUGGAGUUGGUGGUGGUUUUGGUGCCGGAUUUGGAGCUGGAGGUGGCUUUGGUGGGGGCUUUCAAGCUUGCCCACCGGGAGGCAUCAGGGAGGUGACUAUCAACCAGCAUCUCCUGCAGCCUCUCAAUUUGGAGAUAGAUCCAGAGAUCCAGAAAGUGAGGGUAGAAGAGAGAGAGCAGAUCAAGACCCUUAACAACAAGUUUGCCUCCUUCAUUGACAAGGUUCGUUUUCUAGAGCAACAAAAUAAAGUAUUGGAGACCAAGUGGAAACUCUUGCAAGAACAGGGCCAUGGCACUGGUGGUCAAAAAAAUCUGGACCAAUUCUUUGAGGCUUAUAUCAACAACUUAAGGAGGCAGCUGGAUGGUCUUCUGAAUGAGAGGCGAGGACUUGACUCAGAACUGAAAAACUUCCAAGAUCUUGUGGAGGAUUUCAAAAACAAAUAUGAAGAAGAGAUUAACAAGCGAACUGCAGCAGAGAAUGAUUUUGUGCUCUUGAAAAAGGAUGUAGAUGCUGCUUACAUGAACAAAGUGGAACUGCAGGCAAAACUGGAUUCCCUAACAGAUGAAGUCAACUUCUUGAGGUGUCUGUAUGAAGCUGAACUGAACCAGAUGCAGCAAAGUGUUUCUGAUACCUCCGUUGUCCUUCAAAUGGACAACAACCGGAACUUGGACUUGAAUAGCAUCAUUGCUGAGGUUAAAGCUCAAUAUGAGGACAUUGCCCAGAAGAGCCGGGCAGAAGCGGAAUCUUGGUAUCAGGGCAAGUAUGAAGAACUGCAGGUGUCAGCUGGGAGAUAUGGUGACAAUCUACGAAAUACCAAGACUGAGAUUGCUGAGCUGAACCGGACAAUUCAGAGGAUGCGAGCUGAAAUAGAAAAUGUGAAGAGACAGUGUGAGAAGCUGCAGGCUUCUAUUGCAGAAGCUGAGGAACGUGGCGAGUUGGCAAUCAAGGAUGCCAGAGAUAAGCUCUCUCAUCUAGAGGAAGCUUUGCAGAAGUCUAAGGAAGAGAUGGCCCGUCUCUUGAAGGAGUACCAGGAGCUGAUGAGCGUUAAGUUGGCACUUGAUAUUGAAAUUGCUACUUACAGGAAAUUGCUGGAAGGAGAGGAAAGCAGAAUGUCUGGAGAGUGCCAAAGUGCCGUGAGCGUCUCUGUGAUAGGCUCUUCCAUGAGUUCUUCUGGUGGAGGAAUCGGUGGUAGCUACGGAGGAGGAUCAUGCUUUGGAGGAGCAUCUGGUGGUUUUGGUGGCUUCAGUUCUGGAAGUGGGAGAGGCGUAUGCAGCAUAGGUGGUGGCUCUGUAGGAGGAGGGUAUGGAGGAGGGUAUUCCUCUAGCUGUGGAAGUGCCAUUGUGAAAAAAACUACUACCUCCUCCUCUUCCUCCUUCAUGAGUACAGGCAGGAAGUAACCAGUAACAGAUGCAAUGACAGCCCAUUGCUGGAUCAAAGAAACAUUCUUCUGAUGACCUUCACCAAGCAUACCCAACCCAACCUUGGCAUCUUUCAGAGAAAAGAACUUUGUCUCUUACAACCACUGUGUCUGUUUUCUCAGAAUAUAUCUAGAUCUUGCAUUCUUUGUCCUUGACUCAUUAUUACAUUUCAUGCCCAACUAUUCAUCCAAACCAAUCAGUCAUAAUAACAAAGGCAAAACAUGUUCGGGCUAUGUUUGCAUAAACUAAAAUAACAAACAUAGUUUCACUUCAUAGAACUUUAUGUCAAGUAUGUGUGCUUAUAUUGAUCAAUACACACAUUGUUGAGUGAUAGGAGUACAGAUUCUGUGUUGCUCCAACAGGGAGAACCAUUUCCCUAUUUCCAAAACUCUGGGAUAUUUUUCUUGGUCUUUUUCUCCAUGGUCAACUGAGGAAGGCCUGGAACAGGUUUAGAUAGGAGUGGAAAAGUUUUUGAUUAUAGUGCACAAAGCCAGGGUUAAGUUCUAUUUUAGGGCCUUAUCAUUUCAGUGAAAAAAAGAUUAAGCACUUAUUGAGAACAUGUCCAUUUAAGAAAAAAUAAUGUGGAAUCUUCACAGAUUUAACUUUGUCUGAAUUAUGCCCCAUUUUCCUUCUUUCCUUCCUUCCUUCUUUCCUUUUCUUUCUUUCUCUGUGGCACUGAAAACUUCUUUGCUCAGUUUAGUUUUUGAGUUGAUUCUCUUUUAUGGGUGUAUGACUAUCUGCAUCUCAAUAAAACCUCAGUCAAGAGUC